AUGUCCGUCCUAUUAAAAAGGUUGCUGAAGCAAAAGCACGAAAAGCUCGGCGAACUUCAAGGCGCAUGGAAAAGGCUAAAAAAGAAAGCCGAGGCAAUUGUUGAAAAUGAGAAUCUAGAGCAUCCGGAAAAAGUACGAGAGAUGAAAAAACUUUACCGUAAUGCAAACAAAAAGGAGGAUCGCAAGGUUCAUUUGGUGGUUGUGAAUAAGGGCAACCGAGGCAAAAUGAAUCGGCCGAGUGGACGCUACAAAACCGUCGAUCGGCGAAUGAAAAGCGAAUUACGUGCCCAAAAGGCUGCUGAUAAGAGAAGUGGUGGAAAGCGAGGAAGAGGUGGACGGGCUGGUUCUGGUCGAGGCAAACGA